GCCAUAUUUGAUUCAUGGUAAACAAGUUUCAAAAUGUGACAAUUUAUAAGCGACUAAUUGCUUUCUAUUUUAGCAUCAACAAGUCCACCUCCUGAAUUAAGUACACCACAGUCAUGGGGAAGAGGGGAGAGAGGACGGUGAAGACCUAUGGUCGGCACCGUCAGCGUGUCAUCUCUUCCGACGUAUGGAACAAUGCACUAGGCAAGAAGGAGGUAGAGAAGAAUGUGUUCAGUACGAGUUCUAGUAUGGACUCGUUGUCCAUGUCCCACAACAGUACGGGUGAUUCAGUGUUCCAGCCGAGAAAAACGAAGAACAGCAACAAGAAUAAAGAGAAUCCACAGCCAGUACAGAGGAGGAGGAACCUGAGGAAGCUGGACUCCAGUGGAGGGGAUAGCACCUCUAGUACAUGUAGCGAAGGAAUCUUCAACAGCAAUUCACGUCCUCGCAGAGCUCUCAGAGACCGCAGCAACAUGAAUGAAAAAGAGUCGAAGACUUAUGGAAAACGAAAGCGGGGUCAGAUAACUGCACUCCACCAUUACAGCAUGUGUAAUAAUGCGUCCGCCUCGUCAGGGCCUUCUCUAUACAACUUCAGCGACUUCGACGAUUAUAGUCUUGUGAUAUCCGGUACCCCAGGUCGGGUCAGUGGGAAAGAAUCCUUUCAAAACAGUCCCCCCUGCCAUCUUAGGUCUGGUACGAAACUUCAGAUAGAGACAAGUACGCCCUUUGCAAAGAGGUUCCAGCCAGGUACACCACUUACUGAGGAAAUGAAGGACAGUGACUUGUCUCAUAUUGACGUUGUAAAUAGCCCAAUCUCAAACCAGGAUGAGGACAAUGAUUCACGAGAAUCCCAGGAAGGGUCGUGUACUGACUUGGACAAACUGGGGAUCUCUAGUAUAGUAGAAGGCUCUCGGAUACUUACUACACCCCCCGUAGGCCAACGCUCCAAUCUGGAAAGUUCAGUCAAAUCGUGUGGUUCUAGUUCAGGUAAGAGUCCGGUAGAUGACUGUAUGGUUCAGCUUGUGAGACUACGGGAGAGUUUUCUGUCCUUACAUGUGUCUACUCGUAGCAGUACGCGAGGGGAGAAAAACUCGGAUAUAGUGGUAGACAACUCAAAGAGUCUAUUUAGUGACAUUAGUUUACAUACAGAUGAGAGUUCGACUGAUGAUAAUAAUGAGGAAAACAGUGAAGAAAGUGAGACCUCUGAGGGUGAAGAUGAGAUCGCUCUUAGUGAUAUAGAAGAAGAUGCAGAAGUAGAGGAGGAUAGUGAUGAUGUAGACAGUGAUGAAAACAGCAGUAUUCCUUCUAAAAGUUCACAUAAUGACUCAACACAUUAUAUGCUGGCUGAGGAAGUUGAGGAAUACAAGGAGGUUGAUGCUGAUGAUGAAGAAGAAGAGGAUCUAGUUGAGGAUGAGAACGAGGAGCUGGAUGAGGAGGAGGAGGAAGAGCUUGAGGAGGAAGAAGAAGAGGAUCAAAUGUCCAAUUCCUCGUACAACACGGCAGAAAGUGAGUCACAGGAUCCGUCUUAUCACACGGCCGACACCACCAACACCACACCUCUGCGCAGUCAGGUUCGCUUGAGACGCAGAGUAAGGGACAAACCUCAGGACUUAAACGAGUCAAUUUUUGAUGUGCUAACUCCUGAAAAAUGUGCACAGUCCAUCAUUGAAGAAUCCCCUCGCACCAAGGUCUACCAGGUGUGUCAGCAGGAGUCACAUGUGUCCUUUAGGACAUGUAUUCCCGACAGAAUGAUGGCAGCUUGCACUAAAGUGGGAGAGGGUGUUUACGGAGAGGUGUUUCGAACCCAAAACAAGGGCAAAUCAGUAGCCAUAAAGGUAAUUCCCAUUGAAGGAUCUUUCCCUGUCAAUGAUGAACCACAGAAAACCUUCGGUGAAAUGCUACCUGAAAUUGUAAUAUCCAGGGAGCUCAGUUCGUUACGUUUACUCAAGGAAUCCUAUACUCCGAACUUCUGCCAAGUGAACAGAGUGUCAUGUGUACAGGGACGGUAUCCUGCCAAGCUACUGAAGGAGUGGAAAGCGUUUGAUAAAAAGUGUCAGUCACAGAACGACAAACCAGAUGUGUUUGAUGAUGAGCAGCUGUUUAUUGUGUUUGAGUUUGCUGAUGGUGGACGAGACCUGGAAUCUUGUCAGUUUCAGAACAUCUCUGAAGCAAAAAGUGCACUGGCCCAAGUAGCGUUCUCAUUAGCAGUUGCAGAGGAGACACUGGAAUUUGAGCACCGAGACUUACAUUGGGGCAAUGUUUUGGUGAAGAGGACCGAGGCAUCGGAGAUUCACUAUUGUUUGAUGGGACAAGACUACAGUAUACCCUCCCACAGGGUGGAGACUUGUCUCAUAGACUUUACUUUGUCUAGACUCAGGAAAGGUAAGGACUACAGUAUACCCUCCCACAGGGUGGAGACUUGUCUCAUAGACUUUACUUUGUCUAGACUCAGGAAAGGUAAGGACUACAGUAUACCCUCCCACAGGGUGGAGACUUGUCUCAUAGACUUUACUUUGUCUAGACUGAGGAAAGGUAAGGACUACAGUAUACCCUCCCACAGGGUGGAGACUUGUCUCAUAGACUUUACUUUGUCUAGACUGAGGAAAGGUAAGGACUACAGUAUACCCUCCCACAGGGUGGAGACUUGUCUCAUAGACUUUACUUUGUCUAGACUGAGGAAAGGUAAGGACUACAGUAUACCCUCCCACAGGGUGGAGACUUGUCUCAUAGACUUUACUUUGUCUAGACUGAGGAAAGGUAAGGACUACAGUAUACCCUCCCACAGGGUGGAGACUUGUCUCAUAGACUUUACUUUGUCUAGACUGAGGAAAGGUAAGGACUACAGUAUACCCUCCCACAGGGUGGAGACUUGUCUCAUAGACUUUACUUUGUCUAGACUGAGGAAAGGUAAGGACUACAGUAUACCCUCCCACAGGGUGGAGACUUGUCUCAUAGACUUUACUUUGUCUAGACUGAGGAAAGGUAAGGACUACAGUAUACCCUCCCACAGGGUGGAGACUUGUCUCAUAGACUUUACUUUGUCUAGACUGAGGAAAGGUAAGGACUACAGUAUACCCUCCCACAGGGUGGAGACUUGUCUCAUAGACUUUACUUUGUCUAGACUGAGGAAAGGUAAGGACUACAGUAUACCCUCCCACAGGGUGGAGACUUGUCUCAUAGACUUUACUUUGUCUAGACUGAGGAAAGGUAAGGACUACAGUAUACCCUCCCACAGGGUGGAGACUUGUCUCAUAGACUUUACUUUGUCUAGACUGAGGAAAGGUAAGGACUACAGUAUACCCUCCCACAGGGUGGAGACUUGUCUCAUAGACUUUACUUUGUCUAGACUGAGGAAAGGUAAGGACUACAGUAUACCCUCCCACAGGGUGGAGACUUGUCUCAUAGACUUUACUUUGUCUAGACUGAGGAAAGGUAAGGACUACAGUAUACCCUCCCACAGGGUGGAGACUUGUCUCAUAGACUUUACUUUGUCUAGACUGAGGAAAGGUAAGGACUACAGUAUACCCUCCCACAGGGUGGAGACUUGUCUCAUAGACUUUACUUUGUCUAGACUGAGGAAAGGUAAGGACUACAGUAUACCCUCCCACAGGGUGGAGACUUGUCUCAUAGACUUUACUUUGUCUAGACUGAGGAAAGGUAAGGACUACAGUAUACCCUCCCACAGGGUGGAGACUUGUCUCAUAGACUUUACUUUGUCUAGACUGAGGAAAGGUAAGGACUACAGUAUACCCUCCCACAGGGUGGAGACUUGUCUCAUAGACUUUACUUUGUCUAGACUGAGGAAAGGUAAGGACUACAGUAUACCCUCCCACAGGGUGGAGACUUGUCUCAUAGACUUUACUUUGUCUAGACUGAGGAAAGGUAAGGACUACAGUAUACCCUCCCACAGGGUGGAGACUUGUCUAAUAGACUUUACUUUGUCUAGACUGAGGAAAGGUAAGGACUACAGUAUACCCUCCCACAGGGUGGAGACUUGUCUAAUAGACUUUACUUUGUCUAGACUGAGGAAAGACGGCUGUGUGGUGUAUAAUGACCUGUCCACAGACGAGACCCUGUUUGAAGGCUCCGGGGAUCUACAGUUCGACAUCUACAGACAGAUGAAAGAAAACAAUGGAAAUAAUUGGGAACCAUUCCACCCACGCUCCAACAUUCUGUGGUUGCACUAUCUAGCAGACAAGUUGGUGCGCUCAAAGCGCUAUGUGCGUAACUCCCGGGAAGACAAGAGCAUACUACGAGAGUUUCGGAACUUCCUCAAGGACAUUUUGGAUUAUGACAGUGCAUGUGAACUUGUUACCUGUAAUGAAUUCCUCAAAUCCUGAUAUAACGUGAAAAAAGUGUGAGUGUGUAGAUUCGUGUGAGAGGCCUUCUCUUCAAGAUUACCUGGUAUUUUAUUCCACUGGAAGAUCACUUUUAGUGCAACCGUAUCUAUGACUUUGAACGAUGACUUCCUCAAAGACCAAGAUAUGUAAAAAAAUCUUUUCAUGGAUUACAUGAUAAAGAGAUGAUUCAGGUGUUCACGAUUUUUCUUGGGGGUAUAAUUCAGUAAGAUAGCACAUAUUCCCUGUUUUUACAGUUUUAAAGAAGAAAACUACUGUUUCUAUUUUACUGGGAAUUGUCUUGAGUAUUUUAUAGAGCAAUAGAUUUUUCGCAUAUUGUAAUAUGUAAAAUGGAGAAUGUAAACAUCUGUGAAGAAAAAACUGAUUUUGAUUCAAAAUUUAUUCAUAAAAUAAAAUUAGCAGUAGCAGCAUUUCAAGUUUAGAACAAGGAAUGCUGAAAAUAUGACUUUAUGGGUAACUAAGGGGGCACUUACACACACUUACCCAUUGAAAUAUAUGUCUACCUACAAAAAAUGUAUGUGAUUUCCUGUCCUCGUGGUUAACUGAAAUGCCAAAAUUUGCAUUUGAUCCUUUAUAACCUAUUCCGUCUUUGCGUAUUGCAGAGUUAUCUUCUCUUGGGAGCAGGUAUUGAUUGUUACGUCAUUGGUCUGUGUGAGAAAAUUACGUCGUUUUCUCAAAAAUUGAUGACGUUUCUCUCACAAACAAGUGACGGGACAAUCAAUAAAAAUGCCCUUUUUACAUGGAAUCUUUAAUGUCCAUUUUGUAUUACACAUCUAUGUGAUGGUACAACUGUUGUGGUACUGUAUACAUAUCUCUUGGUACUUUGUAGUACAUCUAGGUCUGCGUACAACUAUCGUGAUCGGUGUGUCAUGGUGCAAAUAUGUAUGUCGCGCUAAAAAGCUAAGAUUAUGCUGUCAAUUUAAGUCAAUCACUCAUUUGUUGUAAUUUUAUCGCAUCAGUAUUUAUAAAUGUUUGAAUGUUAGAUUUUUAUGGGACCCGAAUGGAAGCAUUUGUACUUUAAAAAAAUAUUUUUCCCUGCUGAAUCUUCUUGAAAUAACUUUUAAGGAUUUAAAGUUUGCAUUGAAAAUAUAUACUAGUUUAAUAGUUUUUGUUACGAAAUAAAUAAUUAAUAAUCUGACAAUAACAUGAAAACCACAACAUCUGUUGUUUGGUGUUGUCAAAUAUGAAUUCAAGUAAUACAAGCCUCACAUGGGUGUUUAUUGUUUAUGUUUUAUUUUAUAUGCAUUUUAAUUGAACCCUCUUACCGGGCCGUAUUUGUUUAAACGGUCAAACCGGUCGGACCACAGUUGUUCGUUUAUUAAAUAAUGUCGGACCUAGUAGUCUGAUGCUGCU